CGGAAGUGCGCAUGCGUCGCGUAGCGGUCGCGCUGGUUUCAUAGAUAGCGACGACAAAUAACAUCUCAGAGCAGAGAAACCUCUAUCACUAUUCAUACCACGGGCGGUUGGGGGUAAACAUGCAUUUAAUUCAAGUUUUCCUUAUAGAAAUGUGAAGCAGGGGGACUUCACAGAAGACCCCUCCUUCCAACAGCUGGUCGGUGGACGACAGCAAUGUCAAACUGAACAAAAACAUUUGGAGAAAGAGGAGAAAGGAGAAGGAGCACCUCAGCUGUGUGGAGUUGUUGCUGCAUGUGGUGUAAACAGCUCUGAUGCUGGAGAGCAGUCUCGACACUCUUCCUUCAUUUCUAUGGCUAAGAAGCUGCUCAUGACUUUGUACAGGACCACUGCUUUGCUCUUAUUCACUUUAUAGAGCCUAUUUGGCGAUGCUGAUCGCAGGUUAGCCCUUUUUCUCUCUCCAAACGAGCGCGCGCUUCUCGUAAACAGCUGCAUUUCAAGUUCACGUGGAUUUUGACUUCGGGUUCAAAAUGAAAUUCGCUCACAUUUUGCUGAAGAACUCCUCGAGGUUCAACAUACCGAAGCAAGUGGACAGGUUUUCUAAGUUCUCGCCGUCGCCACUUUCUAUGAAGCAGUUCAUAGACUUCGGUUCAGCCAAUGCCUGUGAGAAGACCUCCUUCAUAUUCCUCCGUCAGGAGCUUCCAGUCAGAAUGGCCAACAUCAUGAAGGAAAUCGACAUGCUCCCUGACAAGCUCAUUGGGACACCAUCCGUGCAGCUGCUACACACUUGGUAUACACAGAGUCUGAUGGAGCUUGUGGACUUCCUGGAAAAAGAUCCUGAGGAUAAAAGUGUUUUGAGAAAGUUCACGGAGACACUGAUUAACGUGAGGAACAGACACAAUAAUGUGGUGCCCACGAUGGCGCAGGGAGUGCUGGAGUACAAGGAGGCUUUUGGUGUGGAUCCAGUGACCAAUCAGAACGUCCAGUAUUUCCUAGACCGUUUCUACACAAGUCGUAUCUCGACAAGGAUGCUUAUGAACCAGCAUACACUGAUCUUCAGCGGGAGCACAAACCCAGCUCACCCUAAACAUAUAGGAAGCAUCGACCCCAAUUGUGAUGUGGUGGAGGUGGUAAAAGAUGCGUAUGAGAGCUCCAGGAUGCUUUGUGAUCAGUAUUACCUGAUGUCUCCAGAUGUGGAGAUCAAACAAGUGAAUUCAAAAGACUCCAAUGAGCCUAUUAAUAUCGUCUAUGUCCCAUCACAUCUUUAUCACAUGCUCUUUGAGCUCUUCAAGAAUGCAAUGAGAGCAACUGUAGAAACCCACGAGCACAGCAUGCAUCUUCCACCAAUUAAAGUUCGAGUUUCUCUAGGACAUGAAGACCUAACCAUAAAGAUGUCAGACAGAGGAGGAGGUGUACCCUUGAGGAAGAUUGAACGUCUUUUUAGUUAUAUGUAUUCUACAGCACCGAGCCCUGUGACUCACAACGCUCGCAACGCACCGCUGGCUGGCUUCGGGUACGGCCUUCCCAUCUCACGCCUCUAUGCCAGGUACUUCCAGGGAGACCUCCAGCUCUACUCCAUGGAGGGAUACGGCACGUCAGCCGUGAUUUACCUGAAGGCAUUAUCUACUGAGUCUGUGGAGCGACUGCCGGUUUUCAACAAGUCGGCCUUAAGACAUUACCAGACGACCAUUGAGGCGGAUGACUGGAGCAUCCCGAGCAGUGAACCCAAGAAACUGGGAAAGUAUGAUUACAGCGAGCCAGACGUGAGAACUGAGAGCAGGGUGAAGUGAUGGAAUAUAAUGUGAUAAAGCCUUAGGGAAUCGCGAAAUUGCCUUAGGGUAUGGUUUUUAUUUCUUUUCAUUUCAGUUUCAGAAUUGCUGGCGUCACGUUAUAAUGUGAAAUGGGCAUUUAUAUUAAACCUCACCUUAUGCCUCACUUUAUUCUUGUAGUUUCAGAAUAUAAGCUAAUUUCCUUUAUAAAUUCAGUGUAAUGAACAAAAUGAAAGCUGCAUAAGGAUUUUAUUUAAAAUGUUUUUUCCUCCCUGUUAAUGUGGGAUAUAUAUUCAAGCAGGACAAUAGUCAGACGAUCAUGGCAGUUCAAACUCUGUUUAAGUUGGGUCCAAGUUUAUACCGUCUCCCCGGUCCAACUCCCCGAACGAACCAACAGGAAGAGAAAUGACAUCAUAUUUCCUAAACAUGAAGCAAGAAGAUUUUCUAAAGCCCACUUACAACCACAUCGAUCUCUGAAUUGUUGUAAAUGGGGGGGAAAAAGUGUACUUUUUUAUAUAAGUGUAUGUUAGCAGAGUCACCAGCAAAGGCUCUCAAGGACAUAGACCAGACUAGAUUUACAUUUAGAAUACAUUUUGAUGUUAGCUUUAUUGUUUAUCUUUGUUAGCUGAACAGAGAGAUGCAGCUGAUGGGAACUAAUGUAAAAUCUGGCAAAGAAUAAGUGAGAUCAACCAGAGCCCCAGAUAAUCAGGAUGGUUGGCAAGUAUGCAAGCAGAAAACAGUAAAAUAUAAAUAAAUAAAUAAUGCAAACAUUUCAGACUAUAAGGAAGGCUAGAGCUUGAUUAAAAUGGUACAUGUGCUUUUAGAUAUUAUUUAACACUCUGUUUUUGGCUGUGUUCACAUUACAAGGUGGAUAAAUCAUUUUUCGUCUUGCAUUUGGCAGAUCCUUUUGAGCAGGAGAAAUAUUCUACAAUCUAAAGAGCAAACCGGAAAUCCAACUGUUUUCCAAGUCACACUUGGUACUGAUUGAUCAUCUGAACUGUAUUUCAUGUAGACUCCCACCUCACAUUCUCACCAGCUCUCACUUAGCUCUAAUCCUGGCAGACACCAAUAACAAACAUAGCACACAUCACCUCCCUAACUCCUGCCAUUGCAGUCGGUUCCAGAUCUGUUUAGCAGCAUGAAUGGGAUAAUGUAAAGCAACGCCAACCUUUGUUCUGUGUAGACACUGUUGCUGUAACAACCAAUAUGAAUAUGUAAGCAAAAGCAACUACAGUCCAAAGAAACAAAUCCGAUCUAAACACGUUCGAAUGCUUCGUCUUGGAAAAAUAAAAGCAAAGUAGGAAUCUAAGCUAGAUUUGAAAUGUAAUAAACAUAUUAAGUGGAUUAUUUCUUAGCAAUGAGAAAUCACUCUUGUUCGUGUUUGCUCAUAAAAAUGUUGCGCCAUCACACGUGUUGAGGAGGAUGUUGCCCAAGUUCUUUAGUUGAAUGACCUUUCCAUUGCACUUAUCUGAGGUCAGACUAUUUCGACUUCCAAGGGCAAUGGGUUGUAGAAUAUUUCACCCUUCUGUGCGACUAAAAAAAAUCUUCUUUACUGCACAUUUCACCGCUGUUAUUUUCAUGAACCAGUUUUGUUGCAAACCAUCAAAGCAAAUCAUUUUUGGCACUGUUGCCAGGUUAUUUAUUUAAUCGCUAUAUCACUGGCAUAUUCUCUGACAAAUAUGCAUUUUUCCAUCAUAUUCCUCGGUCAUGCCCGUGACAUCGAAUAGUUGGAAGUGGACGUUGACGUCUGUUCACGCUAGUGACAGAUAUGCAUCACUUCGAAACAUGAAUGUAAACUGCUGAGGCAGAGAGAUCAGAUCUGAUCUGAUCAAAGUGUUAUUGAGCAAUAAAGCUUGUAAUGUGAACCUAGCCUUGCUGUGAAUGUGAUUUAUGGAACUACCCUGAGUAGCAUAGUGUGUUGUGUGAGAAGACUGAUGAAUAUGUAUGCCAAACAGAAGUCAUCAGAAUAACAGUAUAGUUUGUUUUGACCAGCACGCUGAUAUAAGAUUUGCUUUAUUUUUCUAUGGUCCUAAUAGUGAAAAAAUGAGCAACUGUAGAAACAUGCAGUACAGAGGGCUGGGCUAAUAUGAUCAAUCUUUCUAACGCUGCUGUUUGCAGUGAAAACAUGCAACAACAUACAGUGUGUGUGUGUUUAAGUGUAGAGGCUGAUACAUGGCAAUGUACGGUCACUGUGGCCAAAUUCUGUUUAUAUCUUCACACUUCAAUUCACCAGGUGUUGAAAAACUGAUUCCUUUUUUAAUCUGAGGAUUACUUUCUCUGUCCUUUUUGCUAAUUGUGUGAAUUUUAACACUGUAACACUGAAGUACCAAUAUCGUAUUAUAUUUAGUAUUUAGGAUUUGAAUCAUAAACAAUUUUGUUGUUGUUUAAUUGCAUGAUCUCAGGAUAAAGAGAAGUAUGCCAUACUUUUUUAUUAUUAUUUUUUUUUUUAGAAUUCCAAGUGUGUAUGUGUAUCACAGGAUUAUACCAUAUACUGUAGAAAACUUUGGGACAUCGGUCAUACCAAGGCUACUGCAGAGACGAUUUUGUUUUUGUUUUUUUUUAUUUCCAAGCCAGUUCAAAUGCUGUAAUCACUUGCUCAUGUUAAUGGAAACCAUUUUGUUGUUUCGCUUUGUAUUCAUGUGCCACUGCUCAACGGAUUUGUUGUGCUACGUUUUUCUUUUGUACAGAGUAGAUACUGUCAGCAUCAGAUGUUGAUUGUUCCUUUUUUUGCACACUACAGUGUGUCAUUACUUUUACCUCACCAGCUCUAUUUAUAGUCAUGUGAACGUGGCAUGGGACAGGAAACAUGACUGUCACAGCCAAUCAUCUGUAGGAUUUCUUCCUGUUUUGCAAACCACUCGACCACUUUUUUUUGCACAUGCAGUGCUUUUUGACUUCGUUGAAGUUAAGUAGCAUUCUUCCACUGAAUAUAUUACAUCAUACAAUAAAAGACGAGAAUACU